CUGAGGUCUGAUAUACAGAGAUUAGAUCUGAAAUAACGCUAACAUUAACUAUGUGGCUGCUGGUCAUUUAAUAACAAAAAUAUUGUGAGCCAUCACUGCACAAAAAUAAGAACAAAAACGAUUUUGAGUCGUUUAAGACUUUAUGGAACUGAUUUGUAUUCAGCACUCAUAUCUUGGGCAACGCCAUCUUUCCUCCAAUGACGUUAACCCACUUGGUUUUCUAGAUGUGACCAAUCUCACGUGGUAAAAGAGUCUUUGCAAUUACCCAUGAUUCCCCUGAAACGUAUGACCUGUCCCUGGCCUUGGCGUGCAGCGCGGUGCAGCUAGUUGUCACUUUGAGCUGGCUGUUGGACUUAGUUAGCACUACAUAGCUAGUGGUCCUGUCCGAAAAGUCGGCUAGCAAACUGGGAACGGUUACAGCGGAGCUGAGCCACAAUGCUGAAAUGUAGAACUGUAUGGAAAAAGCUUGCACCCCUUGUCAGAGCUUCAUCCACUGUGUGCCGGCAGAAUGUGAGAAGAACAGGGUUAAGUAAUGUCGCAAUACCAGUGCGCGUACCUGGCGCUCACAUGUCCACCGGGCCAAAAGGGGUAGGUGGAGAAAACCUGGUGUACAUCGCUGUGGUGGGAGCAGCCAUUGCUGGUACUGGAAUAUAUGCAUACCGACAUCUCAAGGCAGACAAACAAAGAUAUCAGGAGCGUAUUGAUGAAAUUGCAUCAAGAACACAUAAAGCUGCCACAAAAGAACCAGUCACAGUCAUCCAAUCAGAGCCUCCUGCCGUCCCUGCGCCAGAACCUCAAGCAGCACCUGAACCAGAGAAGCCAAGCCCCCCGGCCCCUGUUGCAAAGGUUGCAGCCCCCAGUGAAACCACUGAAACGCCCACAGCAGAUGAGCCAGUGGUAGAUGCACCUCCAGAGGAAGCAGCAGAGGCACCUGCUGCACCUGUAUUUGAGGAGGAGGAGCCAUCGCCCCCCUCUGAGCCGUCCCCACCUGAGCUCAUAGAGCAGCCCCCUGCACCCGUUGUGGAGAGUGAGCCCGCAGCAGCAGCAGAAAGGCCCACAGCAGAGCCGCCUGAGCCUCGGCCUGAAGUUGUGACAGCGAGUGGAGAGGACUCCGCACCUGCCUCUAGCAAGGUCCCCUCACACACGCCGUACCUCCUUAUUGGUGGAGGUACGGCGUCUUUUGCUGCUGCCCGGUCCAUUCGAGCCAGAGACCCAGGUGCCAGGGUGUUGAUAGUGACUGAAGAGCCAGACCUUCCAUACAUGAGACCACCACUUUCUAAAGAACUGUGGUUCUCUGAUGACCCCAGUGUUACGGAAACACUGCGUUUUAAACAGUGGAAUGGAAAGGAAAGAAGUAUCUACUUUCAGCCAGCAUCAUUCUAUAUUACACCUGAAGAACUGAAUAGUGCAGAAAAUGGAGGAGUGGCUGUUCUCACUAGUAAAAAGGUGGUUCACAUGGAUGUGAGAGGAAACAAAGUAAAACUGGAUGAUGAUACUGAGAUUUCAUAUGACAAGUGUUUGAUUGCUACAGGUGGAGUGCCAAGAAAUCUACAGGUCAUUGAAAGAGCAGGAGAGGAAGUGAUGAAGAGAACGACUUUGUUCCGCAAGAUUGACGACUUCAAGACAUUGGAUAAGGUCUCCAGAAAUAUCCAGUCCGUUACAAUCAUCGGAGGCGGCUUCUUGGGCAGCGAGCUGGCCUGUGCCCUCGGCAGGAGAUCACAUGAGUCUGGCCUGGAGGUUGUUCAGAUGUUCCCUGAGAAGGGCAACAUGGGAAAAGUGUUGCCUGAGUAUCUGAGCAACUGGACAACUGAAAAAGUCAAGAAAGAGGGUGUAAAAAUCAUCUCGGAAGCUUUGGUGAAAUCUGUGGCCCACAAAGAUGAUAAGUUAGAAAUCCAGCUGAAGGAUGGUCGAUUGGUGAAAACCGAUCACAUUGUCGCUGCUGUUGGCUUGGAGCCCAAUGUUGACCUUGCUAAGUCAGCAGGUCUGGAGGUGGACUCUGACUUUGGUGGCUAUCGGGUCAAUGCAGAGCUGCAAGCUAGAUCCAAUAUUUGGGUGGCAGGAGAUGCUGCGUGUUUCUAUGACAUCAGGCUGGGACGUAGACGAGUGGAGCAUCACGAUCAUGCCGUUGUGAGUGGAAGGUUAGCAGGGGAGAACAUGACGGGAGCCAACAAACCCUACUGGCAUCAGUCUAUGUUCUGGAGCGACCUGGGACCAGAUGUAGGCUACGAGGCGAUUGGGAUUGUUGACAGCAGCCUACCAACAGUGGGAGUGUUUGCCAAAGCUACUGCCAAGGAUACACCUAAAGCUGCUACAGAGAAAUCAGGAACCGGGAUCCGUUCAGAAAGUGAAACGGAGGACACAGCCAUCAGCCCAGUAGCCUCUUCAUCGCCUGCUCCCACUGUGGAGCACAAAGACGACUAUGGGAAAGGAGUCAUCUUCUACCUGAGGGACAAAGUGGUGGUGGGCAUCAUCCUGUGGAACGUGUUCAACAGGAUGCCCAUUGCAAGGAAGAUUAUAAAGGACGGAGAGGAACACGCAGAUCUGAAUGAAGUGGCCAAGCUGUUCAAUAUCCAUGAGGAUUAAGAUGGAGGAAGCUGCUGCUCGGUUAUUGGAGGGGAGUUGGGCUUCAUGUUAAGACUGAACUUUGACAUCGCCACACUCUUGAAGACACCCCUGAUCAUACAUGCAAAAUGGGAGAAUUAAUGUAAACUGUGUCGUGUCACUGCAAAUAUUUUCAUAGUUGGACUUUCCAUCUUUAUUCGGGAAAAUUCAGUGUCUCAUCUUCCACCAAACUUGAUGCUCAUGUUUUCUUUAUUUUUCAUUUUUUUUAAAAAACAUGUUCUUAAUGUGAUUGUCUGCCUGCCCCCCCACCCCCAACAGGCUGAAAAUGUUGAGCAUGGGUUAUUGCCUUCCUCUGUGUGAUCAGAGCAGCUUGUCGUGAGCGAAGCUGCAAUAAAAGCUAUUUUUAAAUCGGA